AUGGAUGACAGACGAUUACAAUGGACGGAGAAGGGUCUCAGUCAAAUUGUUGGCAAUUUGCAUAAAUCAGGAGCGUUGCGGAUCGGCUAUAAAAAGGAGCUAAUGUUCGCAGAGCAAAGUGCAAUGGCAGACGAGAUGUUGAGCGAUAUAGACUCGACGCGUGCCUUUCAGUAUCAGUGGUGCUUCUGGCGCUUGAUUGGCUUGCAUCCGCCUGCAGGAGACUCGCUCUGGGCACGUCAAUAUGGGGCUUACAGCAUUGUGGUCAAUGUGCUGCCCACGAUGUGUAUGCCCGUAUCGUUCUAUUUCGAGUGCUUCUUCAGUCGUUCACUGACCGAGUUCUGCGAGGCGUUCUAUUUGGCCGCCAUAACCUUCGUGCAGCAGUUGAAGCUGCUCAAUGUGAUUCGAGUGCGUGGCCAUUUGCUGGAGAUGCAUGGCGUAUUGCGCCAGUUGGACGGACGUCUACAGUCGUCAUCGGAGCGUCAAGUUAUAUGUGAUAGAAUCGAUGAGUCGAACAAAAUCUGUCUUUAUGUAUUGAGGCUGUUUUUGGCGGUCUUUGCUAGUGGCAUUUGCUUUGCUGUCUUUGGGCCCGAACGGCAAUUGCCUUUUCCGUCCUGGACUCCGUGGGACUGGCAGCAAUCCCAAAGCUCUUACGCCCUAACCUUUACAAUGCAAAGCUUGGGAAUAUUUUUGCUAGCACUAAUAGCCGCAAACAACGACACGUAUCCGGUGGUCUAUCUAAUUAUGGUCGCAGCUCAUUGCAAGGCGCUGGCCCUGCGUAUUGCUAAACUGGGCUAUAUGGGUACGACGCAGGAGCAGACGCAUCUGCAGCUGAUCGAGUGCAUCAAGGACCAUCAGAUCAUAUUGCAAUUGUUGAACAUCUUAAACACCUCGCUGUCUAUGGCCUGCAUCAUUCAGUUCGUUUGUACGGCUACCGCUCUGUGCACGCUCUCUUUUAUAGUCAUCUACAUGGAGAUGAGCUUCUUGCGGAUAUUUCAUGUGUUCUUCACGUUAGUGGGCAUCAUUAUCGAAACGCUGGUGAUAUGCUAUGCUUCCGAGCAAGUCACCCACGAGGGCGAGCAGAUGGCCCAUGCGAUCUAUGACACCAAUUGGAUCAAUCAGCCCGUCUAUUUCCGUCGCGACUUGGAGUUCAUGCUAAUGCGUUCCCAGCGCCCCAUUUGUAUUGUGGCUGGUAAUAUUUUGCCUGUGCGCAUGACAACACUGUUCGCGGUUAUCAAGGGAGCCUAUACUAUGUUCACGCUGUUGAAUGAAGCCAAAUCAAAGAGCUAA